UUGACAGAUUACAUUCCCUUCAAUGUUUAAACCCACCUUACAUUUUUCCAGGGCAAGGCUGCUCCUUCCACAUUUCAUACAGUAUAACAAAUCUCACUCAACCUGCAUUAAUGAACAGUGUUGUACUUUGUGGCCUUCACUGCUGCCCGUGGACGGCACUCCUUCGGAUCUAUAAAGUGUAGACGUCGUGGUGCUCGAGAAUGGAUGUUGGCUUGGAGAGAGCACCUGGCUCACAAGAUGGACCCAGGAGGGUUGACGUUCAGCCGCAGCCCACCGUGCUGCUGUCGCCCGCAUCGCCGAGACCCCCUGGCCAGGCUCCGGCUCACGGCGCUUCACCGCACCGCACCACCUCGCUGCUGCUGCUGCUGCCACCCGCUGUGGUGCUGCUGGCUGAGCGACCGGCGUCCGGCCCGGUGGGUCGGGGUCCCACCGCCGCUGCUGCUGCUGCCGCACAGGACCCUGUGACCUCCACGCCAGCUGGUGACCCGCAACCCGGAGUCCUUCUCAUCGGCGGCGGCGGUGGCGGUGCUGGUGGCAUGAAGGCGGCCAUCCCUGCCAUGAGCGUGCCACUCGCGGUUCUGUGCCUGCUGCUGAACAUUAUCCUCCCAGGAUCGGGCACCGUGCUCUCGGCCAUCAGCCUCUGCGGCGGUGGCAGCGAGGCCGCGUCCCUCGCCUGCCUCAACCUGUGGGUGGGCGUCUCGCAGCUGCUGACCGUCACCUUCCUGCUUGUGGGCUGGCUCUGGAGUGUCACCUGGGGGGUGGCCAUGGUGGUCCUGGCAGCUGAGCGGCGACGCAAACGCUUGGAAAGCAAGUCGACGGCUGGGCCCAGCCUCAGUCGCCCCUCUCCACCCCGCAUCGUCACCUUGGUGUGAGACGACUUCACCCCCCACGCGUGAAGACAUCGCCUCAAACCCAGGAGACAUCAUUCAUCUCCGAGAUGACAAAAUCCUGGAAAUAGGUCCAUGGAAUGAGAUACACGAGAUGACGUCGUGAGCUCCCCGGGGCAAGAGGACACCGCCUUCGAAUGAGCUGACGAGAUGAUUGCUCAAUGAGAAUACAUCAGUGGUGUCACUCGUCUGCAACAAAAUCACCGUGAAUGUGGCUGACAUCAUUGGAACUCAGAAUAAAGAGUUUAGUUUGGUUCAUACUUGGAUGAGAGACUACCUGGGAAUACCAGGUUGGCUUGGGCUCCAAGAUUGUCGGGAUAUGUGGUGGCAGGCCACCAUUGAGUUCUCAGAUAUAUCUGUGCAGAGCUUUAAGCUUUACCCACUUAGGUGCCUGGGUUUUCCCUGCGUUCUCCCAGAUGACAAAACACGCAUACGUGGAACUGGCCAAACAUCCCAAUGUAUGAUUUUCAUGAAAAAGUCUUGAGACUUAGAAUUUCUUGGGUCCACCAACGAGCAUUAAUCGUUGUUUAUUCUCAUUAGCGUUGCACUGGUUUCGCUGUCAUUUGGCAAUAUAAUGCCCCCUGCUGGGCACUCUCAUAAGACCCUUAUUUUAACUUGAGAAGUGUGUGUGACCUCACCAUCACCACUGUAUGCGACAUUACUCCAAUAUAUGUGAAGUGGUGUAUUCAUGAGUUCCAUAUGCCUUUUUAAUUUGCAUUCAUUCGACACAAAUUCUUCUUCGUUUGAAAUGGUAAGAUUGUACGUACAACGUUACUAGAGGUUGAUUGAAGCUGAUCAACUUCUGGGCAGUACUGCAAUUUUUGGGGGCCCACAUUUGAAUAUUUUGGGUAUCAGAUUUUGUUUCAGUUCUAAGGCUCCACUAUGAUUCAUUAUUGGUUUAUUUUGGGUUAGCUCAUCGCGUAAAAAUGUGAGUCGUCUGUUGAGGCUCACGGCACCGAUCCGCUGAAGCAGUGACAAAUGUGGCAUUUUUGAUUCACGUGGCAAUUUUAUGAAUUGGUUGUGUCGAGUGGAAGAGGGUUUACGACGCACAUUUUUACACGAUGACCUAAUUCAAAAUAAACCAAUUAUGAAUCAUAAUAUUGGUCGUGAAAGAAAGCCUCCCUAUAUAAUUAAGCUUAACUAUAUUUGUGCCAAUAUAACAAUAUUUAGCAUCUCACCCUUCUAGAGCAUCAUCCUAAUUUACUUUUGUCACUGAGGCAUGAUUAAACAUAAAUAACAUGCAGCCUUUUGUCAAACCAAUUAUGGAUGAAGGCCUCCUCAUGUUAUUUUAAGUGUUGGAGGUUGACCACAUUUCACGUUAGACAGUGCGGGUUCGUAAAAGGGCUGCCCAGGACACGAUCAGACAUGACAAUAUAGGACCACAGAGCUUGGGAAAUGUUGACGCCUUUCCCGUGCAUGCUUGUGAAAAACUGUUACAAUUUCUACCACUUUUAAUAUGCAUUAAUGACACUUUAUAAAACUAAAACAUUGUUACAAUUAUCACUUACCACUGAUGCUAUGUUAGCCAUGGAUGGGAAUCAAACCCAGAUAAACGGGUUAAUGUAGCAGUGCACUAAUCACUGUGCCGCCAUUAGCCCCAGAACACGAUUGUCCAUGUGUAUUAGAUGUAUCGGUCACAAUACGUGCCAACUACUGUACUAUAAUUACAGUACUUAAAACAUUACAGAUAAUUAUCUUAAAUGAGCUUGAUAAUUGUGCUUGUGUGUUUGUUAAAUGCAAGGUGUUUACUCUGUUAUGGCAUUGACAUGCAAACUGCAGCAUAAUACUUGUUCUCUUUCAUCAGAGGAUGGAAAGUACAUCCUGUACUAUUACUCAGUAAGCACAAUUUACUUUCACGGGGCUUGCAUGAUAGCUUCAUGCUUCAGGGCUCAACUCAAAAUAAACUACA